UCUUUUUUCGUAAACUCUGUUACAAUUUGAAUAAAGCUUCAUUUAUCCUUAUUUUCCUUUAUUCUUAGUGAUAUCAGUGAUAUGUUUGUGUGUAGUGGACACAUAUGGGGUCUGCACAGAAUCGCAAUGCGGUGCAGUACCUAUUACCCAUUGUAUGUUACAUACAAAGAAUUAGUAUGUUUACGUUUCCUCCUUUACUAUUUUAAAGAAAUACAAUCGUCUCAACAUUUUUCAAUGUUUUUAGUAGGAUGUGAUAGUAAAAAUAUUCAAAAUUGAAUAUUGUACGUACGAAAGAAACAUUGAUUACGUAUACGAUGGAUAACUCGCGACCGCCAAUGGAUAACCUCUUUAACAUGCUGUCAAGCUUGAGUGCGGGUCACGAAAACGCUUUAAAGCAAGGCAUUUACAAUGCCGUGGCACUGUUUCUUUUAUGCCUGAUUUCAGUGGCUGGUUAUGGGCUGUAUAUUAUAUUGAGUCCUUUCGUAAAACCCUUGAUAUGGGCCUUAUUAUGUGGGUCUGUUUUAUUCCCAUUUAAAUAUUCAUUAACUACCAUUGUAGAGUCAUGGUUCGAAAAAACAGAAACAUCUCGUACACCACUAGUUAUAAACUUAACUUUACUACCCUUGCAAAUAGUGGAUAAAAUCUCUGACAACUUGGGAUCAUUCCUAUGGGGUCACAUUAAAUAUAUUAUUGCUACGUUUUUGUUGGGAGCUAUGGGUCUUGGUUUAUACCAUUAUACACCAAAUAUACUAAAUUGUCUUGUAUGGAGAAUAUGUAUGAGCUUCAAUUUUAUUCUUGGAUUUUUUAUAACAACAUGUAACAUUUAUACGAUUUUUGUUUUGUUCAUUGGAUAUUUAUACACAUUGUACAUUUAUUGGACACCAUAUAAUUCGUUUCAUUUUGGUUAUACGUCGUUUGUUAUGUGGUUCUAUAUUAGUCUGUACAUUUCUAAUAUAUUAGGAGCCUACAAAAUACUUGUAUUUAUAUCAUUACAAAUACUAUGCUUAGUAGGAUUUAUAUAUGAAGUAAUACUUAUAAUGGAAACUCAAGAGUUAGAAGGCAAUAAUAUGACAUUCAUGGAAGCAACACGCAUUGCACUUACAAAUAAUUUGGUUGCAAAUGUUCAGAAGGAUACAUUAACUCCACUAACUAGUGAUGAAUCCAUAGAAAAUAUUGGAACUGAAGCAAAAAUCACAGAUGUGCAGUUUGGAGACAGUAGCCAAGACGUUGUAAGACCACUAUCUGCUCCAGUAAAAACAAGUAGUGAAUUCAAUCCAAAAGUAUAUAAAAAAUCAUUGUCAUUGGAUACUGAUGUUAAUACUGCUUUACUAAGUCGCAAAUCACAAUUUCCAAAAAGUAAUCGCUACAUAUUAAGGCGAUUGAAAACUGAAUUAAAAAUAUCUAUAGAUGUGGAAGACAAUAAAGUUGAUACUGACAUAUACAUGUAUGGUGCACUGUAUGCAUGCAUUGGUAUGGUUUUGUGGAAACAUAAAUGGAUGAUAUAUAUUUUAAUGAUUCCAACAGCUUUUUAUAUUAUCAAACAACUUGCUAAUUAUUUUGGAUUAUGGAAAAUGGUAAUGAAACAAUAUAAUAUUAUAAUGCAAAUUACAAUGACCUGGUUUAUGGAAAGACAUCAGGCCCUUUUGCCAGCCAAUGUUAGAGGAUUAUACAAACUUGUAAUUGUAAUUGACAAGAAAUUAACAAAAGCUUUAAAAGCAUCAGUCGAUACAAUGGCAACAAUUGCUGUGAUCCUUGGUUUACUUAUAUUUACUAUUUCUGCAUCUAUUUUCAUAACAAUACAGGUUUAUACAGAGGGCAUGUAUCUUAUUCAAAUUACUGGAGAAAUUCUUAAUUCAUCAUUGAUGAAUAAUCCAGACAUAGAUUGGCUACCCGAACAAUGGGAAGGCUCAGUCAAUAGUGUAUUAGAUAAUGCAUAUACAUAUGGGCGAAGUGCCAUUUCCGAUGGAGUAAAAGGUAUGAUGAAAGAUUUAGACCCCAUAAAGGCAGAACAAAUGGAGAAAAAGGUUUUAGAACUCUGGGAUAAAUUAUAUCAAGCAUGGAUGAUGUCCAAUGAAAGUUCAGAUUUACUUGAAUCUAGUGUGGAUGUUGCAGGGACCCAUUCAGUUUGGGAAAGCUUUACCGAAGUCUUUGAAAAAACGCCUUUACAACUAUUUAAUAUGGACAGCAUACAAAAUUUUAUAAAAGAGAACAUUGGAAUUUUCACAUCAGUUCUUGAUUCUAUUUGGAGUAUACUUAAGGGCAACAUGUCUGUGAUACUAACUAUUUGUACAGAGUUAUUUUAUAUCGUACUCAUGAGCGGAUCAGCUGUUCUUAAUUUUGCUCUCAGCAUGGUAGUCUUCUUCACAACACUCUUUUAUCUCCUUAGUUCUAGCAAGAAGAGUUACAAACCCAUUGAAUUAACCACAUUAUUUAAUCCUAUUAGUUGUCACAGCACUCUUUAUGUCGAGGGAUAUGCUGUGGCCUUACAAGAAGCAGUAAUUGGAGUAUUUGCUGCGACAUUUAAACUCGCUUCCUUUUUUGGCAUGUGGACAUGGUUUAUACAUAACUUAUUUCAAGUAAAAAUUGUCUACCUGCCAGCUACUUUUGCAACAAUACUUGGGGCUGUGCCAUUUUUAGAUGCAUAUUUUGCGUGCAUUCCGGCUACUUUGGAACUCUGGAUGACUCGCGGAUCCAUGGUUGCUAUCUUAUUUUUCAUGUUCCAUUUUAUUGCAUGCAACGUGGUAGUAACAGAAUUUUACAAAGAAAUCAAAGGUGGUGGACAUCCUUACCUUACAGGUCUUUCAAUAGCAGGUGGUAUCUUUUGUCUAGGGGUGGAAGGUGCAAUUUUUGGUCCAUUACUGUUAUGUUGCAUUAUGGUAGCAAUUAAUUUGAGUCGUCGCUAUCUAAACUCACCUUCGGACGAAGUUAAACCUGAGCAUUCUGAAAUAAAACAUUAACCUAGGUGAGAUAUGUAAUCAUUAGAGGUUCUCAAUAUUUCGUUUUCGGAUUAGGCUGGAAAUUUUGCACGAGAUCGGGUCAAGUUCCGAAGAUAUUCGGGGAUCGAAAAUAACGGGAUAUAGCCCUAGUAAAUAUAAGUCAAUUUUUGAAUAAAUAAUCCAAAAAUCUUACAUUAUCUUUAUAAUUUAUUUUUUAAUAAUAUCUUACUAAUAAUGUGAUUUAAAAACACUAAAAUGUACGAUAAGGAAACUCAGUUUACGCUUAUUAAUAUUAUGUAAUAUUAGUAUAAAGUAUUUGUAGACUAUAGAUGAAUUUUGCGACAAGGAACACUUUGUUAUUUAUUGCCAUAAAAAAUGUAUAUAUAAAUAUGUAAUGCAACAUAAGAUAUGGUGCUAUGUAUAUAAUUUUACAAAUUACAUACAAUAUAUAUUUUUUGACUUAUUGUCAAUUUGUUUGAAAGUGUAUGAAUUUA